UUCUCUUGUUUUUGUUUUAGAGCUUUGGUAAAGCAAGUAUGUUCCAACUUGUGCAACGGUGCUGCUUCAAGCCGCCUUUCAAGUUGCAGCUCCAGAAGUUAACUGGUUCCAGACUGCUGCACUUUGGGAAGAAUAAGACAAGUUGCUCUUUUCCUCUCAUCUUCCAUCUGCACAGAGAUGUUUCUCUUCUUUCAAGAUCUUCAAGCUUCAACCGAACAUCGAUAUAUGCAGCUAAGCUCCAGGCAUUUCACACAUCGAUCCCCCUCCUAAAGAAAAAAAAGAACCAAGAACCCGAGAACCAAGACCUGGACCCGCUGCGGUACCGCCUGGCUUCGAUAAAGGAUUCUCCAAAGCCAGCCCUUUACUUGAGCCUUGCAGGGCUAAUUCCAUUUGUUUCUGUGCCGCUGGCAAUGGCUGUCCAAGGGACCUACUACCCCGAGCUGGCAUUUGCUCAGAUUACGUACGGUGCUAUCGUCGUUUCCUUCCUAGGAGGAAUCAAGUGGGGAUUUGCUAUCCCAGAGAACAGUCCCGCCAAGCCCGACUGGCUGAACCUGGCCAACAGUGUCGUUCCCCCUUUGUUUGCCUGGCAGGUCUUCCUUUUUGAAAAUGUCACCCAUGGUGCAGUACUGCUUGUCAUGGGUUUAGGGAUAGCGCUGCAUUAUGACCUGGGCCUUCUUCCUACUUACCCUGCUUGGUUUAAGGCACUCAGGGUGGUGACAACACUGGUGGCAGUAGUGUCACUACUCGCCACUGCAACACUCAAGAUGAUUGCUUCAGAGAACCAGCUAAUAAACAGCACAGAUCGAUGGAAGAGCACAAAAUAAGAUCAGGAGAAAGAGAUAUUUAUUUGUUAAAUCAUUUGUACUAAGAUUUGGGUGGGGAGCAAUGUGCAAGGUGCUUGUAUAGGAAGUAAACAGCUUAGCAAGGUUAGCAUGGAAGGAGGGUAAAUAAUGGUAAUUUUUUUCCAAGGCAGGCAUGAAUCUGUCCAUAUCUGUAACAUCUCAUUCACUCUUGACUGAGAUGUUACGGCCCUAGGAAUUUGAAAGGGAGGUUUGUCCAAUGUUAGUAGAAACUGUAUUAUUGAAGUAUCAGUCUUAACUGUAAUACGUAGUGCUCUGCUGGGGGUAGAACAAGCCUGGACUCGCAAAAAUGAUGGAGGGAGCAGGUAGUCUUCAGAAGAAGCUCUAAAGACAAAAGCAACAUGAAGCACCUCUUGUUCCCUGAGAAGACACAUCUGACUUCAGUAUAGUUUAUUAUUUAGGGAAAUGGAAGAGAUGUAGAUACAGGUUCAGCAUUUCUGUUUUACAGACAUGAGGCAAUGCAGUGAGGCAGUAGUCAGGUAACGGGACAGGCAAGGUAGGGCACUGCUUGUUUCUAGCAACAAGCCAAGAGCAAGGAGGGGGUGCAGUGACAAGAAAAGGUCACUAUUUAUCUUGGGUAGUUCAUCCAGCAGUUGUGAUCAAGUAUGGAAAGCUAGAAGAGAAAGCUUACAUUUGUAUAUUUUGUAAGGUACUAUCAGAGACAAAAUAAUUAGCUUUCUGCAUAGACUCAUCUAAAUAAUGUCCAAUCCAUCUCUUUCUAGAUUCUGUUCAGACUUAGCUAGGUAACCCUAAGAAACCUGCAUUUAAAGCCACAUUUAUAUAUGGCUGUAUAGCUGUAAAGAACUAUUGCAUUCCUGAAUGAAAGCACUAUUCAGUGCUGCCUACUGUGAUAUGAAACAGAGAAAAUGGGACAUGAAAGUAG